UUGCAACUCCACCUCAGCAGUGGUCUCUCAGUCCUCUCAAAGCAGGGGAAGAGUGCUGUGUUCUGAGAGACCAUGGCAAAGAAUCCUCCAGAGAACUGUGAGGACUGUCACAUUCUAAAUGCAGAAGCUUUUAAAUCCAAGAAGAUAUGCAAAUUACUUAAGAUUUGUGGAUUGGUAUUUGGUAUCCUCGCCUUAACUCUAAUUGUCCUGUUUUGGGGGAGUAAGCACUUCUGGCCAGAGACACCCAAAAAAACAUAUGACAUGGAGCACACUUUCUACAGCAAUGGAGAGAAGAAGAAGAUUUACAUGGAAAUUGAUCCCAUUACCAGAACUGAAAUAUUCAGAAGUGGAAAUGGCACUGAUGAAACAUUGGAAGUACAUGACUUUAAAAAUGGAUACACUGGCAUUUACUUUGUAGGUCUUCAAAAAUGCUUCAUCAAAACUCAGAUUAAAGUGAUUCCUGAAUUUUCUGAACCAGAGGAAGAAAUAGAUGAGAAUGAAGAAAUUACCACAACUUUCUUUGAACAGUCAGUGAUUUGGGUCCCAGCAGAAAAACCUAUUGAAAACCGAGACUUUCUUAAAAAUUCCAAAAUUCUGGAGAUUUGUGAUAAUGUGACCAUGUAUUGGAUCAAUCCUACUCUAAUAGCAGUUUCAGAGUUACAAGACUUUGAGGAGGAUGGUGAAGACCUUCACUUUCCUACCAGUGAAAAAAAAGGCAUUGAACAAAAUGAGCAGUGGGUGGUCCCUCAAGUGAAGGUGGAGAAGACCCGUCAUGCCAGACAAGCAGCAAGUGAGGAAGAACUCCCCAUCAAUGACUAUACUGAAAAUGGAAUAGAAUUUGACUCCAUGCUGGAUGAGAGAGGUUACUGUUGCAUUUACUGCCGUCGAGGCAACCGCUACUGUCGCCGCGUCUGUGAACCUUUACUAGGUUACUACCCGUAUCCAUAUUGCUACCAAGGAGGGCGGGUUAUCUGUCGUGUCAUCAUGCCAUGCAACUGGUGGGUGGCUCGCAUGCUAGGGAGGGUUUAAUAGCAAGUCUGAGCUCGAGUGCUUAAA